GAAAUGCAGGGGACAACUUAGUCGCCGCAUUGUUGUUGUGUUGUUGACCGGAGUUUGUUUGGCUACAGUCCAGCUCAGUGUAAAAUAACUUUCUUCGAUAUUCGCUGAAUUUACAUGGUGUCACUGUAGACAUGCUGAAGGUCAUACACAGUCAACAGCGGAUUGGAAAUGUCGGCAAUUUUAAGAUCAUGUCGUGUUGUCCUCUAUACCAAGCGCGUGGUGUUGCGGAAUCGUCUGCUGUUUUUGAAUAGUGGUUCAUUCAACGCUUUACAGGCAAAAUCCGUGAAGGAAACUUUUGGCUUAGCCCAAAGCAGAAAUUACGUACCAACCAGUUCUGAAUAUACCAGACUCACACCAAAUCAGGUGAACUCCAUUCUGAAAUUGAACGAAGUGUCAUUGGAAGUUCACCAGGGGGCGGUGUACGAGGUGGAGUUGAAUCAGUUAGCGUCUAACAACCCGGUAGAGGACAGACUAACGGAAGCAAAGCUUCCCUCUCCAGGGACGUUUUUAUUCGGCGUAUUUGAUGGUCAUGCUGGAAGUGCUUGCGCCCAAGCAAUAAGUGAAAGAUUGUUUCAUUAUCUAGCAGUGUUUUUAACGUCAUCAGAAGUCCUUGAGCCGUAUGCAAACCAGCUGAAGAAAGGCCAAUCUUUAGAUGAAGUGAAACCAGAACUCCUCCAAAUUUUCGGCAAAGAGGUGGGCAAUAAUGUGGAAAGUAUGAACAUUGUUUACAAAAACAGCUUAGCUAAGUUGAUCACAGAAAUGGGGGGGACUGUAGAUGAUGAAGUGUCAGUGGAGGAAAGUCUCACCAGUGCAUUCAUGAGGUUGGAUCAAGAUUUGAUUACAGAAGCUCUUCCAUCAACCACUAAUACCCAGCUCAAUAAGGAAAUGCUGGAGGUUGCAUUUUCUGGAGCAUGUGCAUGUGUGGCAUAUGUGAAUGGAGCAGAUCUACAUGUUGCGAAUGUAGGCGACUGUAAGGCCGUUUUAGGGGUAAAUCUAGGAGGGGAUGAGUGGAGGGCGACUGAGCUGACGAAAGACCACACAGCAAAUAAUGAAAAUGAAGUUCAGCGACUAAUAACUUCCCAUCCAAAUGAAUCUACGUCAUUAAUAAUUGCUGGGCGCCUUCUUGGCCAGCUCAUACCUUUAAGGGCAUUUGGUGAUGUGAGAUAUAAAUGGAGUGUGAAGGAUUUGAAGCAUAUUGAAAAAACCAGUGAUACUGAUGCUAAAUUUUAUACUUAUUAUCGAGAUAAUUUCAUACCCCCUCACUACAGAACACCUCCUUAUUUGACAGCUGAGCCUGAAAUCUCCCACCACAGACUGACACCAAAGGAUAAGUUCCUUAUUUUAGCAUCAGAUGGACUUUGGGAAAUGCUAUCACCUGACAAAGUUGUUAAACUUGUUGCCGCACAUUUGGAUGGAGAACAGGUUCUGGAAGAGUUCAGUCCACCAGAGAACCUUGCAUUACGAGAAAUUAAUGAAUUAUUGAAGAAGAGAAAACAGAGCCUUGCCAACAGAACUAUUGACUCAAAUGUUGCGACACAUUUAUUAAGGAAUGCCUUAGGCCCGGAUCAUGCCAAAUUAUCUGCACUUCUAUCUCUACCAAGCAAUUUAGUAAGAAAUUAUAGAGACGAUAUUUCAGUCAGUGUAAUAUUUUUUGAUACUGAAUAUCUGAGAGAGCACCCAUCUUAUGAGUGAAAUGAAAAGCUAAAGUUGGAUUUGCAUGAAAAACCUUUCACCAAAGAUAAAGAUUUAUGCAUUUAAAGGCCACACCAAUUUUAAUUGUUUUAUGGGAAGAAUAAUCUUUUUUCAGUGUUGGAGCGAGGUAUAAAAAGUAGAAAAUUUGAAAAUCAUUCAGUUUGUGGAAAAUGUGAAUUUAUCCUGGCAGUUUUUCCUGACAUUUUUGCAUGAUCAGAAGGCCUAGAAAAAGCAUCAAAAGAUGGAAAUUGGACAAAAGAAAAGGUAGAUUUUCAGAUUUAUCUUUAUUCCAUUUUCAUAAUUGGCUCGCCCAUUGUAAAACACGGCAGUAUAUUGGUGUUGCCUAGCUGUUUACAAUUUUUACAUCCAUUCUUUCUCUGAAUUACUAGUACAGAAACAGUCAGUAAAUACAGGUGGUGUUUUGACAUGGUGUGUUUUUGAAAGCCACCUCAUUCAUAAUAUUCUGUUGUGUAUUUUUAGAUACAUCAAUUUCAUUUGAGAAUGAUUUAGUUUGUUAUUAACACUCUGGUAAAAUUAAUAAACUUGAACUUGUGAUUUUUUCCUUGCUGUCAUCUUUGGAUGUAUUGUCAUUACCGUGUCCAUCUGCCUGUCAGUCCAUUACAGAAUAUCUUCAUAAAUGAUUUUAACAUAAGACAUUGCAUUGUCACACAAGCAUUGUCAACCUCUUUUUGUCACCAAGGCUCCACAAGUAGCUAGAGCAGGGAACAAGAGUGAAGAGAACUUGACUUAGACUUACUGGUGGAUUAACAGAACAUAGGUAAGUGUUGUAAACACUGACCUUUUAUCUAUCUCUGAUUUUUACUUUACAUUACAUCUCCAGAACUGCUGAACCAAAUGAAAAUGAAUCUUCAGUCCUGGGUUCACUCAAUUGCCUCAAUAACUAAUGGGAUUGUGCAAGCACAAAUGACCAACUUUUUGGUCAUAGUGUGAUGUGUGGCUCAUAAAUUCAUGCUUGGCUCUUUGGCUGAUUUGAACAUUGUUUUACUAGACUGUAAUGUAUCUAAGCUUUGUGAGUGGGAGAACAAAUUGUGAUGAGCUGCAAUUUCAAGGGGUAAGUUUUGGUUACUGUUAUUUACUCAUGGCCAUCAUUCAAAACAAUAUGUUUGUUGGAGGUAACCUGGCCAAUCUUGGUAAAAACAGCUCUCUUGUAAAGUUUUUAAUGGCUUUUGAUGGAAUUUUCUUUUCUCAACGUUGAUUUGUUUGAGACCCCUUCUUUUUCAUAAGCGAGAAUAAAAAGAAAAGAAUCCCUAUCAACUUAACCUGCUUUUUAGGGUUGGAUAGUCCCCAGCAAAGAACUUUCUAAGGAUGGCCUGUCGGUUAUUUUUGCCUAUAUGUACUUUUACUAUAGUGGUGUCAGGUUCAGACUUGAGUUCUUAUGCAUGGGAACAGAAGCUGGACAUAUGCCCAGGGCCAAAUCUAGGCCUAUGUAGAUCCCCAUAUAUAAUAGGGUUUGAGCUUAGCUAUUUCGGACCCUCAAAUAAGCAGUGGUAAUAACAAAUCUUUAACAUGUUCCAAAUGAUUGUUUUGUUUUGUGGAGAACUGUAUUUGAAAGGCUGUUGUACGAGGUGAUUUAUGCAGCCAUAUUGUUUUUAUUGUAUUCAGCACUGUGAGAUGAAAGACUCACUUAUUCAAACCAACAAAAAGUUAGAUUGUCUUGUGCGAGUGUCAAGGCUUAGAACCUAGAUAAGAAUCUGAUUACCCAGCACUCCCCAUUAUCAAAGAAAAUGGUGGACGAUGGUAGACCUGUAUGGACCACCAUGUAUUGACAAAAAUUGUUCCUUGCUCUCUUCACAAAAUGUUCCAUGUUCAUAUCAAUUUAGCAGCUCCAUCUAAAAUAUUUUAUUGUUAUGUACGACGUUAAACCCCAAGCACUCACUCACUAUAAUAUUUUAAUACUUUUGGGUGGGUGGUGGGGGUGAUGAGUGAGUUUUUGUUUAUUUUAAUACAAUGUAUUUCAACACAAAUAUUAAAAACCAGUAUUCUUUCAGUAGGAGUUUUAGUAUUAGGUUUAGUACAUUAUUUUGUAACACAAGGAGCUUGAAGUGACAUAUUUGUUCAUUUGUUGACUUGUAAAUUCUUAAACGAGGUGUGACUAUUAUAUUAAUAUGUGAUAAUCGACAGGUACAAAAAGUGAUUGUGCACAUAGUAACAGAGUGGUAAACUAUCCUGCUUAAUUACCUUUUUAGUAUCGCACAUUAAUUGCCUGAAAAAAACACUAAUUCAUUUCUGAAUAUUUUAAUAAUGUUAUUUGUGCCACAGCACAUAGAAGCACACUCAAAAAGUGUUCUUGAAGUCUUUUAAUUGGGCCAAUAGAAGAUUUAAUGAUAAGACAUGAAACAAAUAGGAAUUAUUUAGGUCAAAUAGGUCAGUUACAGCUUAAAAAUUCCAUGUUAUGUCCGACUAAUGUUGAUCUUAAUUUGAUUUUUUUUUUUUUUUUGUAAAUUUUGGACAGUUUGAGUUUUAUUGAAGAUUCUCCUGAAGAUCACAAUGAGAAAGCCUAUCAAACCUUGGAUCUGAUGUAGUGUAGUUUAAAGACAAAGUGCAGUCAAAGAUAAUUUUAGCUGAAUAUCCCAGUGGUAAUAAAAUCAAAAUAUCUAUUUUUAUCUCUGUAAGGAAAAGUGUAUGGUAUGGUUUCUAAAGGAAAAAUAUUCAAAACUUGCCUUUGCUGAUUUGUAAGGUGCUAGACUGUCAAUCACUAUGGCAUGAAAGGUGUGGGUUCAAACCCGAGGCUUUCUUGCACAGGGAAUUUGAAGACUCCUCAGCUCUCACUGCUUAUAGGCCAUUGGUGAUGAUUAGAGUCCACAGUUAUCAGUGUAACAUUAAUUGAAGACUACUUAUUUCCCACCAGUAUGGUGUGCAUACUGACAUGCUGUGAAGCUUGUCAGUAACUUGCCAAAUGUGUAUGGCUUACCCCAGGCGCUCCAUAAAACUGACCGACAUUGUUUUAAGUGAAAAAUUCUUGAAUAUGGCGUUAAACAACGAUCAAAUAAAUAAUGUAAAACAUCAAAAUGUUUUGAGGAAUGGGGUCUUUCAUAAGAUUAAGAAUCUCGAAGCAGGUUAAAAAUAACUUUUUCUGCAAGUUUAUAUUUGUUAAAGCAAACCAAUCGGGUUCUCGUUCUGCGCGUGUAUACUGUAGCUGUUUCACUGUUUUUUUAUCUGCUCAAAUUAACACAAACAGUAUUAUUUUCAAAGUGGUUUAAAUCUGGUACACUGUUAUGGCCUAUUAAUGAAUAGUGGAUGUCUUCCACAAAAAAAUGCUCAUGGAUUCAAAGGAAGUUGACAAUUCUAUACUGGAAUUAACCGAUUUCUUCUGUGGUCUGAUAAAUUUCUACCUUGUGCUGAAUCCCAAUGAAAAUACAUAUGUAUGCGUCAUUCAGAUUUUGCUUCACAAACCGGUGUUAUAUGGAAAUGUGCAUGUAAUCUAGAAAAUAUCUAGAAAAAGAUUAUCUCUUCAA